AACCUGAUAUCUCUAUACACUAGCCUUUCAACCUUCUCCAGCAUUACAAUGGCAACCAUGGCCACAACCUUGCUCUCUUCAAAGCUCAAGACCAGUUUCUUAGACCAAUCAUCCUUUUAUGGAGUCCCAAUUUCAUCUCCAACCAGCGUACAACCCAUUAGGGCCAACAACCCACAAGCCCUCUCUGUCUCCAUGUGUCUUUCAUCACCUCCGUAUGAUCUUAAAUCCUUCAUUUUUGAACCCAUCAAAGAAUCGAUCGUUUCUCGUGAAAUGACCCGUCGAUACAUGAUGGACAUGAUCACAUACGCCGACACCGAUGUUGUCGUCGUCGGUGCUGGCUCUGCUGGACUCUCUUGUGCGUAUGAGCUCAGCAAGAACCCAUCCGUACAGGUGGCUAUCAUUGAGCAAUCUGUGAGCCCUGGUGGUGGAGCAUGGCUAGGUGGCCAACUCUUCUCAGCCAUGGUGGUUCGCAAACCAGCUCAUCUCUUCCUCGACGAAAUUGGCGUAGACUACGACGAGCAAGACAACUACGUCGUAAUCAAGCACGCGGCUCUGUUCACUUCCACAAUCAUGAGCAAGCUCUUGGCUCGGCCAAAUGUGAAGCUCUUCAACGCUGUUGCCGCCGAGGAUUUGAUUGUGAAAGGAAACAGAGUCGGUGGUGUUGUGACGAAUUGGGCCUUGGUUUCGAUGAACCAUGACACACAGUCCUGUAUGGACCCAAAUGUCAUGGAGGCCAAAGUGGUGGUUAGUUCAUGUGGCCACGACGGUCCGUUUGGAGCCACCGGUGUUAAGAGGCUGAAGAGCAUUGGGAUGAUUGAUAAUGUGCCUGGUAUGAAGGCGUUGGACAUGAAUGGUGCUGAGGAUGCUAUUGUGAGGCUCACCAGAGAGGUUGUUCCGGGAAUGAUUGUUACCGGAAUGGAGGUUGCUGAGAUCGAUGGAGCUCCUAGAAUGGGACCUACGUUCGGAGCAAUGAUGAUCUCUGGGCAGAAAGCGGCUCAUUUGGCUUUGAAAUCUCUGGGACUUCCCAACGCAUUGGACGGGAACUAUGUGGGCAGCAUUCAACCUGAGCUCAUUUUAGCAGCUGCAGAUGCAUCUGAGAUUGUUGAUACUUGA